GUGUUUAGUGGGCAAUAACAGAAUCCCAACGUCUGACAUUGAAACAAAAUCCCUAUUAACUUGGUGUAAAUGGGAAAAGGAAUGAGAAAAGGCAUCAUUGCUGAUGCUGCAGUGGAGAAAUACUUUGCUGACCUGAAAGCAAGCACAUCUUACAUCAUUGGACUUUUAGUUGGACAGGGGGAGAUUGUGGUGCAUGCGGUGAUGACCCCACUAAAGGAGGACAAUCCUGGUGGCCUGGUGAAUGAGGAUGACAAAGACUACAUCCUAGAUCACGCAGAACAUCUGAACCGCAUGGUGCCUGGAGGGCUGUCUGUGAUGGGCAUGUUUGUGGUCUCCCCGUCCCAUCAGACCAAAGAGAGCCAUAUGAAAAUGAGGCGGCUGAGCUAA